UUGAUAUCGCAUAUUUCCGUCUUAUUUGAAUAGUAUUCGUUUAUCAGAAAUAUAACUUUCUAUGUAAAACUAGUAAACAGAAAAAUUUAUUGUAUAAUAAAAAGUAAAUGGCAUUCGUUUUAAAGUGGUAACAUAACUUCUAUCAAUCUAAACUCAAGUGUAAUUGAAGAUAUUAAAGAAAUAUGUUACUAAAAUUGUUACCUGUAAUAUUGAUUAUUUCUAUUUGUACUCCAAAACCUAUUCGGCAAAAGAGCUUUUAUAAUUCAAAAUGGCUCCUUCGGUAAAAUGUCGACAAGUACCGCCAUUGUAGUCCAUAAGCCACAAUUCACAUUAUUCACAUAUUAUAGUCACAAAUUAUUUUAUGUUGAAACUCAUAGAAUACCUAGAUUACGGGAAGUUUAAGUUAUUUCUUAGACAAUAGUAUGUUUUAAUAAACAAGGUGUUAACGACACCGUGCAACUAGUUUCAUUUGAAGUGUAUCACUCAACAAGGCAAGCUAUCAUAUCGAAACUAAAAUGUCAAAUAAAUUAUCAGUUAUUGUGGUGGCUUGCGUCUUGAUUAGCUUAGUGUCUUCACAUGGACCUCCAUUAGAGCGCGACAAUGAAGACAUAGCAAUGGGGAGGAAGGUAAAAAAAAUGGGUGCUAAAUGGUGCAGCAUGGCAAAGGUUUGCAAUCACGAUCGCGUACCGAUUUGUGGCAUCAGUCAUGCUGGAGAUGUUAUGGGCUUUCGAGAUCUCUGCGAUAUGUUUGACUAUAACUGUAUAAGAAGAAGAAAUUACAAGCAGACUGCCUGUCCAGAAGACAAGUCGAUAUUAACCGUGUCGCGUCGGCCAACCAACAAUUUUUAUGAUGAUUAAUUUUUUUUUUCGUAUACACCAAAUACUAUAAUAUAAAAUGAAACGUAUUAUGUAUUAUGUUAAAAAUUAUAUCUUGGCACCUAAUGUAAAUGUACUUCUAAUAAAUAAAAUAAUCUA